GCAGGCAGCUGCAACCACCAGUCCACCGCUACUGCAUGCACCACGGCAAAAUAUACAUAUAGGCAAAAAAUAUACACAGGGAAAUCAGGGAUGCAUACCACAGCUUGGUUGUUUUCUCUACCAGGAGCAAUAAUGUUUGCUGCACCUGCACGCAUCAUCUUCUCCUUCUCAUCCAUGGAGCCUCUUCUCCUUGCAACAAAUUCGCCGGCGGCAGCUGCAAACAACAGCCGCCAAGGCCGCCACCGUGGUGACUUCAUCCGCCCUAUGGCGAUGUCCAACAGCCUGCUGCGCAAUGACUUUGAUCUCCAGGAGGGCCUGACGGACGUCCAAAAGAUUCUGCAUCAACGUCAGAAGAAUGCCCGGGAGAUGAUGAUCACCAUCGAUAACCUCAAGCGCCUCUGCAUCGACCACUACUUCAAGGAAGAGAUCGAGAGCGUCAUGAGCAGCACAUGCAUGGAUCUCAUCCACAGCGAUGAUCUCUUCGAUGCAACACUUGCAUUCAGGCUCCUGAGAGAGGCCGGCCAUGAUGUUUCAGCAAAUGAUGUUUCACAGAGGUUCACUAAGGACGACAGCUGUGAAUUCAAGCUUCCUCUUAGCAAGGACAUCAGAGGGCUCCUGAGCCUGCAUGACAUGUCUCACCUGAACAUUGGAGGAGAGGCAUUGCUCUACAAGGCAAAAGAGUUCUCAAGCAAGCACCUUGCAUCUGCCAUUAGGUACUUGGAGCCAAGCCUAGCAGAGUAUGUGAGACAGUCCUUGGACCACCCCUACCACCUCAGCCUAAUGCAGUACAAAGCUAGGCAUCAUCUCACCUACCUACAGAGCCUGCCCAUCAGAGACACUGCAGUGGAGAAACUAGCAGUCACAGAGUUCCAGCUCAACAAAUUGAUGCAUCAAAAAGAAAUACAAGAGAUUAAAAGAUGGUGGAUGGACCUAGGAUUGGUUCAAGAAAUACCUAUUGUGCGGGACCAGGUUCUAAAAUGGUACAUGUGGUCCAUGACAACGCUCCAAGGAUAUUCCUUCUCCAGAUACCGGGUUGAGAUCACAAAAAUAAUCGCGCUAAUCUAUGUUGUGGACGACAUAUUUGAUCUUGUUGGCACACUAGAGGAGCUCUCCCACUUCACGGAGGCGGUCAAAGUGUGGAAUACGGCAGCUGCUGAUUCACUCCCCAGUUACAUGAGAUCAUGCUACAAGGCUCUUUACACCAUUACAAAUGAGAUUGCAGAUAUGGCCAAACAGGAGCAUGGAUUGAACCCUGUUAAUCAUCUGAGGAAAGCAUGGGUGGUGUUGUUUGACGCAUUCAUGGUUGAGGCAAAAUGGCUAACCAUGGAUCAGGUUCCUACUGCAGAGGACUACCUAAGAAAUGGUGUUGUCACAUCAGGAUUGCCACUUACAUUAGUACACAUAUUCAUCAUGCUAGGAUGUGACCAAAGUACUGAAACAUUGAUUGACCACAUGCCCUCGGUUAUCUCUUGCCCUGCCAAGAUCCUCAGGCUUUGGGAUGACAUGGGUAGUGCAAAGGAUGAAGCUCAGGAAGGAAUUGAUGGAUCAUAUAGGGACUUCUACCUCAUGGAGAACCCUAGAUGUGGCCCUAGUGAUGCAGAAGCACAUAUGCGUAGCUUGAUUGCAAGGGAGUGGGAGGAGCUCAAUAGGGAGUGUUUAUGCAGGAGGACCUUCUCCUCUAACUUCACACAUGCCUGCUUGAACAUCACUAGAAUGAUCAGCGUCAUGUACUCAUACAACAAGGAACAUAGGCUUCUUGUCCUUGAGGACUUUGCGAGGAUGUUGCUCCAUGAAAAUACAUGUGCCAAGCCUGAUUUAUUUCACUCCUUAUUAGUUGAUACCAAUGUAGACAUCAAAUCAUGUAAAUUAGAUAGCUAGGAUUAGAAUAUUUGGGCAAAGGAAGACGAUAUAUCCA